UCAACUGCCAGUAAGUACAACGACCUUGUUUGCACAAACAGAGGGUAGCUCUGCAUGCGCUAGGAGGAAUGAGCAUGGAUGAACGUCCUCUUUAUUCUGAUGCAAGGUUCAUCAGAGAUGGACCCUUCUCAAGGCCUUACCGACUGGCAUCUAUAAGUCUGGGCAUACUGAGUGCUGUAUUUCUCAUCAUUAUUAUUGGACUGGGUGUUCAGGUCAACAAGGUGAAUGACAGUCACAGCACCUUGUCUCUCAACUCAUCAAAGAUCAGUUCUCAACUCGCUCAGCUCAAAUCAGAGCACAAAAGCCUGACUGAGUCCAAAAAGGUGCUUGAGAAUCAGCAUCAAGAGGACGCCAAACGGAUCAAAUCUUUUCAGUCGGACCUGAACACACAGACAAGACUGAAGAAUGACCUGCAGACUCAGAAUCGUGCACUGCAGGAAGAGAAGAGAAAACUGAAAUCUCAGCUCACAAAUAUGGAAGACAACUGUGGGCAGUGUUUACCUAACUGGGUGCUGAUGAACAGCACAUGUUAUUUCUUCGCUGUGUCUGACACUCUUCCACGCAAGUCCUGGAGUGCAGGCAGGUUAGAGUGCACCAAAAAAGAAGCCGAUUUACUUGUCAUCAACUCAAAGGAGGAACAGGAAUUCAUUACUGACACCUUAAAAGCACUGAGAUACAAUUUACCAUUUAGUUAUCGAAAUGGAUUCUGGAUGGGACUGAAGGAUGAGCAUACAGAAGGCGUCUGGAAAUGGCUGAAUGGGACCAUUAUGACUGAAGGGUACUGGAUGGAUGGAGAGCCAAAUGAUGACAUGGGCAUUGAGGAUUGUGCAGCUGUGUAUCCCACCAUUAACCCAAUGCAGUCCUGGAAUGAUGUACCCUGUUCACACCCACUCAAAUGGAUUUGUGAAAAGGAAAUAAUGAAACCAUCAUAGAAUUCACAAUAAUCCACCUUUAUCACGUGUUCACCUAAUUAAUGGCAGUAUUUUUAAAGAUGAAUCAAAAAUAUUUGUGAAAGACUUUAAGGGACGGUACCACAUUUCUGGGUUGCUUGCAAACACACUUGCAGCUUUAUUAGCAAUUCAUAUUUUGUCGCCAAUCUGCAAAGCAUUUUAUCUCCAUUUUUGCUGUUUUUGACUUUUUUUUUACAUAAUGUAAAUCUAGCAUUUUUUUGUUUUGCAGUUUUUAUGAUGAAUUGACUAAUAAAAUUAAUCUAAAAUGA